CCCCAGUCGGUACAUGCGCGUCGUCUCCGAAAGCAGGGAGGACACCAUGGACAGUCCGACACACCGCACGGAACCGUUUAUCGAGGUCACUGCUCUACUCGCUACCUGUACCUCUCCCGCAGUGUCUGCAGGCGAACAUCCCCGCUUGCGGCGUCUCUUGCUGGUUUCUGUCUCUCGUUUCUCCUUUCCGCUUAUCUUUCUUUUCUUCUGGCUGUGCAUCUCGCAGUCGCCUACGGGCUCCUUGCUGGGACUGGCUGACGGCGCUUCCAUCUUUCUCCGGUCCAGUCCACAAUGGUUUUCCUUCGACGCUUCACAUCCCUUUCCAUCCCUUUCCUCCCCUGUAGAUCUUCUGCACUCGUUCCCGCUCUCUUUCAAGCUCUCUCCGACCUUGAUCCGUUCUCCGUCAGGCUGCGCCUUUUCCUGCCCCUGCCUCGGUGGGGAGGCUUCUCUUUCUCUGCCCUCGUUCUCUUUCAUGUCGUCUUCUUUUUCACGACUGCUCCACUGCGCGCAUCCCUCUGCAAAGAUGCGACAACACGAGCGUCUUUCCGCUUCUGGACGAUCGUUCUUAUGGGGCCAAAAGCUUGCCUGGGGGCGGCGACUGCGACCUCUGCGAGAUACCGCAUGCAGCGAAAGUGUUUUCUCUCCCUUCCCCGCGUCUUCUCCCCUUUCCUUUCGUUUUCCUGGUCGUUCCGCUCCUCGCCUUACCCGGUCGCCCCUGUCUGCCUCGGCUUCUCUCUUGGCUUCUUUGCCUCAAUCGGGCACUGUAUCGGAGCCUCCAGAAGAAGCUCCCGACUCCUUGCCUCCACAGCGAGGUGACUCAAACUUAGGUCACAGUGAAGGACGCCCCUCUUCUUCCUUUUCUCCUGCUUCUGCGGAGCCACGACGAGCUUUAUCUUCGAUUUUGCUGAGUAACUUGAAGGCGAAGCAGAAGCGUUUGCGCGAGGCGCGGGAGGCGGAGGAGAAGGAGCGGGCGUUGCAUGCAGAGGAGGAGGCGAAGAAGAAGGACCGGGCGCGGCGACGGAAGGCCCGCGAUGCCCUUUUGAUAAACAAGAAAAAGCAAAGGAAGGAGACGCAUAGACAGCGGGUGCUGCGGAGCGCUGCGAGGCGCCAGUACCUGCGAGAGAAGCAGGCGCAACUGGAACGAGCUUUUCUGGAGGACACACAGACGCAGCGAAGCAGCGAGAAGGGGCGUUUGCGACGAGGCGAGUUUGCGUCCGAGGAACGCAGAGCGAAGAAGGAGAGAGAGAUUCAGGUUCUCCAGGACCUCCUGAAAAGUAGCGUUCUGGUGAUUCAACUCGAGGCCCAUGGCUUGACGCCGAACCAGCGAUGGAGCAUUGUCCGAGGACUCGCGCUUGCGGGCUUCUACAAGGGAUACCGAAUCAAGCACGGAAAAAACAGCUACAUGCGUGUCGCCCUCCGGAGGAUUAUCGAGGAAAGGAAGCAGAGAGAAGCUACGCAUUCAGCAAAUUCGAAACGCACAGAACCUCUUGCUUCAGCAGAGACACCAGUCGCAAACCAUGUCUCAGACUCUCCCGGAGAACGAGGUUUUUCUUCGUUCCCUUCUUCCUCUCCUUCUCCACCCUCUUCACCUCGAUUUCCGUCUUCGUCGGACUCUGGGUCGUGGAGGCCUUCCGCGCGGCGGGUGCGUCGCGACUUUUGGAUCACGCACAACGAAGAGCUGGCGCACAAGGCUGCCUUGUACGGGGUCGAUAUUUCUGGUAACAAAGUGAAGCGGGUGUUGGAGCCGGAGGAGGAGGAGACGUUUCAGGCGCUCGAGGCGGAGGAAAAGAGCCGCGAGCGGCGGAUUGCGGAGCGACUGCAAGAGAACCUCAACAAGGCAGCCUGGCGCGGAGAUCCGCGGUUCGCGCACCUCGCGAUCGGCAUGACUCGCGGGGGUGUGUGGACGCAGUGGGAAGACGACGAAGAACUGGACCAGGAGAAGACGGAGGAGAUGCCGGAGGAAGUGCGAGAGGCGGGGAUGCCGUACAUGGAGGUGGACGACUGGACAGAUUUGUUCGAGGAGGAGAUUCGGUGCAUGCGCGAGGCGAAGAAAGAGGCCCGCGCGCGCGAAGAAGAAGUCCUGAACACCGUGCCUCUCGAGGGCGAGGUAACGCCCGUCGCAGAGAACGGCGACGAGGUGAUGCGACAUCUGGGGAAAUCAAACUUGUAUCUCUUUGUCCGAGCGAUGCCGAAGAACGAGAAGCGCUUGCCUCUCCUUGUCAAAACGCUUGCGAGCCUGCUCGAGGAAAUCGUCUUUGACAAUCGUGUGAAGAGAGAACAGAAGGGUCCGCCGCCGAGAAAAUACAAAGGACAGUGGUACGACGAGGAGCUCCUUCCACAUAUCACCCCCGAGAUCGCGGCUGCGAACGGUUUCGAGCCUCCCGCCAAAGACGGACAGACGCAAACGAGCAAAGACGCAGAAUCGGGACAGCCGACGCGAGACAGGGUCGGAGGCGAAAUCAAGGUCGCCUUUCUCGGUCGGAGUGUCUUGACACCAGAACAGCUCAAGGACUUCGCGAGGCGCGCACCGACACGUGAAAAACUCAUGCAAAAACUCGGAGGCUCUCUUGUCGGAGUGACGCAGCGCCUGGCCUGGUCCAUACAGGUGACGCCAACCACCCUGGCUGCCGCUGUGCACAAAGCAACCGAACAGAAGACGCCGAGUGCGGGCGAGAAGACGGAGGACACUACCUAG